GGAGUGGUGGUGUUACUGUUGAAGAAGAAGAAGAAGAAGAAGAAGAAGAAGAAGAAGAAGGAAUGGAAAUGGUGGUAAAACCUGCAUGGCUAGAGGGAUUAAUGGCAGAGACAUUCUUUGGGGUUUGUGGGGCCCACGAGAAUCGCAGGAAGAACGAGAAGAACGUCUUCUGCUUGCUUUGUUGCCUUAGCAUCUGCCCCCACUGCCUCCCUUCUCAUCGCUCUCACCCUCUCCUUCAGGUGAGACGAUACGUCUACCACGAUGUAGUUCGAUUGGGUGAUCUUGAAAAGCUCAUAGAGUGUUCCUAUAUUCAGCCCUACACCAUAAAUGGUGCAAAAGUGAUAUUCUUGAAUCAGAGGCCCCAAUCAAGGUCAUGUAAGGGCUCUGCCAACAUUUGCUUCACUUGUGACAGGAUUCUCCAGGAGCCAUUCCACUUCUGUUCUCUCUCAUGCAAGGUAAACCACUUGGUGGAUCAAGGAGAGGAUCUGUCAACCAUUUUACAUAGUAUUGAUGAAUCAGAUUUUGCAUUUUCACGAUUUGAGGGAUUACGAGUGGACGGCCCUGAGCUUGUUGAUGAUGAUCAAAUCACUCCAAACUCCAUCCUAGAAGACCCUUUGCAAUACGAUGGAUCAUCAUGUUCCAAGGAGACAGGCAAUUCAGAAAUCUCACUACGAGACACGGAGGUUGUGAGGAAGAAGAAAAAGGGCAGUGGUUUCCUUGGUGGCAUUGUUGUCUCUCUCAGCAACAAGAGGAAGGGUGCACCUCAAAGGGCUCCUCUUUCUUAA